UCUUCCACAUCUUCGAGUUCUUGUCUUGAGAUCCAACCAACUAAACGGCACCAUAAGGGAUAUUAAACAUGAUCAGACAAUCAACAAUUACUUUGCAAGUUUGCAAAUACUUGAUUUGGCCUCCAACAACUUCUCUGGAAACCUACCAAAAGGAUGGUUUAAUGAACUGAAAGCAAUGAUGGAAAAUGUUAGUGAUGAGGGACAAGUUCUAGGACAUGAGACAUCUUCAAGUGCAGGAUUUUAUCAAGAUACUGUUACCAUCACAUUCAAAGGAUCUGAUCUAAGUUUCAUAAAAAUCCUAAGCACUUUCAAUGCAAUAGAUAUCUCAAAUAAUUCAUUUGAUGGUCAUGUUCCGGAGUCAAUUGGGAUGCUUGUCUCCCUACGCGGACUUAACAUGUCAUACAACAACUUCACGGGACAAAUUCCAUUUCAGUACAGAAACUUAUCUCAGCUGGAACCGAUGGACUCUUGGAACCAGAUAACAGGGGAAAUACCACAAGAGUUAACCUCACUUACUUCUCUUGAAUGGUUGAAUCUUUCAUGCAACAACUUGUAUGGAAGAAUCCCACAAGGCAACCAGUUCUCAACAUUUUCUGACAGUUCAUUUGAAGGUAAUGCAGGGCUCUGUGGAGUUCCACUCUCCAAGCACUGUGACAAUCAAAGUUCAAUUGCUCCAAGUGAAGUGGCUCCUCCAGAAUCUGACAACUUGUGGCAGGACAAACUCGGCGUUAUCCUUUUGUUCGCGUUUGUUGGCUUGGGAUUUGGAGUCGGCUUUGCACUGUCAUUCUUGUUGCGACUGUAUUGCCGCAUGGAAGUAUGGGUCUACAGGAAAUCAUGA